CACCCACCUGCAGUCUGCUGGGCCUUCUGCUGAAGAACAGGCGUCCCACCGGAGCUGUCAAUGAGGUUUGGCCCGACCUCUUCCUCGGGAACGCGUAAGUGGCAUUCUCACUUUGGGGACGGUGCUGAUCCGAUUGCAAAACAGUUUCUACAAACAAGUCGCAUGAUCGGCCGACUGAUGGGACGGAUAUGGAAAAAUCUGGCGACAGCUCGGGAUACGACGUUGCUACAGAAUCUGGGAAUAACACACGUGGUGAAUGCUGCAGAUGGCCCUCGGCACAUUGACACCGGGCCACGUUUCUACCAAGACACCAACAUACAGUACCAUGGAGUGGAAGCAGCAGACUGCAGCGGAUUUGACCUGAGCCCGUUCUUCUCAGAGACUGCUGAGUUCAUUCAUGGCGCUCUGAGUCAGAAAGGUAAGGUGCUCGUCCACUGCGCUCGGGGAAUCAGCCGCUCAGCAACCCUUGUGCUGGCCUUCCUCAUGAUCAAAGCGGGUCUUACCCUGGUGGAAGCUGUGGAGGUCGUUUGUAGGAGCAGAAACAUUCUCCCGAAUGUCGGGUUUCUGAAACAGCUCUGUCAGCUGGACUCAACUUUAGCCCUGCAAAAAAAAACCUAGCACACGGUCAUGGAGAGAAACUUGGGGAUUAUGGACUGCUUUAGCAUCUGAAGACACGCGGAAAAGGCUGAGAGAGACUGAUGCGAUUUCAAGGAGGAAAAGGCCUCAGAGUGCCCUGUUCGCUUGCAUUGCAUGUGUGGGUAUCCUCUGGCUGGCGCAGAGUUUGGUUAAGCACAGCUUGCCGCCAGCAGCGGAGAUUAAAGCCGCGCGUUUAGACGUGGAUGGCAUGGACUGGGCUGGGUGGAAGCUUUUUUCCCCACAGGCAGGGAAAACAUGGCAGCUAAGGUCACGGGGGUCCCUGCCACAUCACAGCCCUAAAAAUAUCCCUCUGCAUUCGAUGCCCCGUCACAGAGAGAGGAGGUUACACAAUCUGCGCCCAGAAACGAACCCUUCACCGUGUUCUGCCUCCAAAGAAAGCUGGCAGGGGGGGGG